AUGGCACCAAUCAUAAACCAACCGAUCAAGAUUGGUGUACUGCUGAUUCAAUCGUACGUGAAACAAUGGCUAUUUGGCACUCUCUCUCAACCUCUCAUCCAAACCAUAUUGAUACCUGAUGCGACAGCCGCUCAAUUGUGGAAAGCCAUUGAAGACCUUUUUCGUGACAACAAAGAAGCAAAUGCAAUAGAACUCGAGAAUCAACUCAGAAACAUUGUUAUAGGUGACUCCAAUGUUAUGGAAUACUACACACGCAUCAAAACUAUCUCUGAUCUCUUAACCAACAUCGGUUCCAAAGUUCCCGAACGCACUCUCGUCACAUACGCUCUUAACGGCUUGUCAUCAAAAUUCGAUCACAUCGCCACUACAUUUCGUCAUAGAAAUCCGUUCCCUACACUCCUGGAGAUGCGAUCUAUUCUCUCCAUUGAAGAACAAACACUUCAAAAUCAACAAAAUCGGAUACCCCAAGCCUCUCAUACGGAUUCUUCAUCAUCUCACCACGUUUUAAACGCCAAUCAUCAAACUCAAUCUUCUAAUUCCAGCAACAUCUGA